CUAUGCCACACACACACAGUCUAAGAGGGUAACGUGCGGGAGAGUCUUUGGUCGACCUGACCUCCUGCCUCAUUCGACCAAACCUACCACUACCAAAGCUCGCGACACAAGAAGGCGUCUCUUCACCUGCACGCUGCCCCAGUCACAGUGUUCCUUCUCCAUACACCUCCCGGGUUGAACAGCUGAAGGCUGGCACUGCAGGUUAGUGCACGAGACCAAACCAUUCCUCUCUCACAGGAGCGCAGCUGCGGUCUCUGUUUAAAUUCACGCAAGAUGCGGUGCUUCUCUUUAUAAAAUUAUACCAGCGAAACUGAAGAAUAUGAAGACAAUCUGGUAAAAAGCAGCGUCGGAGACAUAGGUGUAUCGCCAGCACCAUGCCGAUACAGAUCCGUGUGGUGGUGCCUGCUGCAGCAGUCAGUGACCCAUGGGAGAGCGGAACCGACGAUGCUGUUGAGGACAACGCUGACGAUGACGCCAGUAGCAGGAACAACAGCAACGCCACUGGCAACCUCAACAGACGAAAGAUCGUGACAAUGAAAAAGAGAAAGGUAGUCCAUCGUCGGUACCGUCCAGUCUCUGCGCCCGUGGUGCGAUUGAGACCCCAGUUGCCAGUCAAGCCUUGCGAUAUCAGAAUUAAUGUGGCCAGUACCUACAACAUGGAAGACGAACAUGAGUACAUAAUGAAGACGGCCUUGACCGCUUACAACAGGCAUAAGCUGAGCGAAGACAGCGACCAGUCCUGUUUAACAUCACGGGUGAAGGACGAGGUGGGUCUGGAGGAAAUCGUUCAGAACGGCCCAGGUCACCGAGAAAGUCCAGAAGACAAUGGUGUGAGCUGUCGGCCAGACUCCAGUCGCGGCUGUCCCACACUUUCAUCGUCGUCGAGCAGCAAAUCCGAGCAACCAUCGUCUUCGUCGUCGACCAACAUCGUGGGGGGACCGAGGAUGAAAGUCGUCCAGUUGUCGCUGUGCACGCUGAGGGAUGCUUAUGGACGCGAGUUGCCUCCUAUGCCGCACACACACAGUGUGCCCAUGUCGAGGCCGUCGUCCGCCUUUCCUUCCAGAUACAGUCCCACAAAGAAAGGUGGUGAGGCCAGUAGGUGCGACCCGGACAUACGCAACAGUGCCAAAGAUCUUUCUCCCCAUCAACAGCAGGUAAGGUCUACUCUGACUUCCCCGAAGACAAUGGACGCACCUCUCUCUCGCUCAGCUGCCUACCGCUUGCGCAACCGCACCACUCACUCCUGGUCACAGGACGCCUCCGCCAACAGCAGCACCCACGACCCCAUGACCAUGAGCUGCCCCAACGCUCGUUCCCUGGAGGAACACAUGCGCAAGGCGCGCACACACGUGCCUCGUGACCCUAACCCUUCCCCUGUCAUCGUCAAAGCCAAAGGAAUCGCUUCCCCCGCCACGUCACCUGGCGGUGGUGUAGGACAGAACCAGAGACCUGCAUCCUGCUACACUUACGAUGGUGGCUUCUUCCUGAGUCCCAGCAACGCCAAGGACUUCGUCAUCCACCCGGACUGGGUCAGUGAGGCCAUAACGGUCAACAAGGUCUCCUUAUUGGAGCGCGGCGGUCGUUCGCGGACUCCUGCCAAAAGCACUGCGGUGCAUGGGAGCGGCGCUGCUGGGGAGAGUGGUUCCUCUCAGCGAAGAGCACGCAGAUGCAAAAGCGCGCCACCACCCAAACACCGCAACCCCAUCACCUGGAGCUGAAGGUCUUUGUAAAUUACUGUUUAGUUUUUUACCCCGACGUAUUUUCAUACUGCUGAGGAUUUACUUUCUGGAUGUCACACAGUUGAGACUACUAGAGAUUACAGUGAGUUUGCCAGGAAUGUUUCAUAUGGAAGGACUUCCUGGAGCAAUUGCAGAUAUAUAUAUAUACACGAACAAACAAGAACAAACCUGCGCUCGUGCACAUACACACAACUUUCAAGCAUUCUGUAAGUAAUGGACAUGCUCCCGGGCUUACGUUCGUAUGUCGAUGUAACAACAUGCUUCUGCCUUCGAGCUUAAGGCUCUUCUUUUGUCAAACUUUGUCAAACAUGUGUUUAUAUUAAGAAAGGCCUUUAGUCUGCGCUCGCGCGCACACACGUGUGUGUGUGAGAGAGAGACCUAAUGCUUUUGCAGUCACAGAUAUUAAGGAAGAAAGUAGUUUCAAUGGUCUUUACAUUCUGCUCAGUCUGAGACGCACCUAAACACAAAAUAAACACACACGCACACACAAAAUAUGAUUCGUUGAUACAUAUUUUGCUGUUUAUAUGCCACAGGAUUUUUUCGUUCUUCAUAUUUCUUGUUUUUAAUAACUCCCAAGUUCAGGGAAUACCCACCCGCAUCCAACAGAGAGAGAUAUAUAUUGAACAUUAUAAAAUAAAGUGGUGAAAAUACAGCAGCUACCAUAUCAUUUAAUAGGUGUCAGUUCUAAUAUGAAGUUUUUAUACGAGAAACAAGAAGGAACAGAUUUGCACAUUUUCCAAAGUCAUUUCUUAUGUCACCACAGUUUCGAACACUAUCUACUCUUUCUUUGUUCGGUAUCUUAAGAGCUUCCAUCGCUGCAGGCUAUUCGUUGCCAUCGUAACCACUACCAUAUCUCUUCAGGCUUAUUCUACGCGGUGCUUUCGAUACUUAUAUUUCUGUGACUGUCAUGUUUACCAUAAUAUAAUUGUAUUUUUACCAUGAUACAUGGUAUUUAAAGAUUUGUGCAAUAAAGAUUAUAUCAAG